GAGAUUGUAAAAAACAAAAUACAAAAGUGUAGUACUAAAGCUAUACAUAUUCAUAGGCAUAAGUUCAAGGCAUCACGAUAUUGAGCGAGAUAUGGAAAAUUUGAUUCCGACCAAAGGAAUUCUCAAGAGCGAGGCUCUCCAAAAGUACAUCUUUGAAACGACGGCAUAUCCAAGAGAGCAUGAAGAGCUCAAGAAACUACGAGAAGCUACGGUCCAUAAGUAUGGCAAGUUAAGCGAGAUGGAGGUACCAGUUGAUGAGGGGCAGCUUUUAACGAUGCUUAUAAAAAUGAUGAAUGCCAAGAACACGCUAGAACUCGGUGUUUUCACGGGAUAUUCGUUGCUCACGACGGCUCUAGCAUUGCCUGAAGAUGGCCGUAUUACUGCAAUAGACAUUAAUAAACAAGCUUACAAGUUGGGUCUAGAGUUCAUAAAAAACGCAGGUGUUGAUCACAAAAUCAAUUUCAUUCAGUCCGAUGGUCUUCAGGCCUUAGACAAGAUGUUGAGCGAGAAUCCAAAACCGGAGUUUGAUUUCGCAUUUGUUGAUGCUAAUAAGACAAAGUAUGCCGACGCAUACGAGAGACUAAUGAAGCUGGUGAAGGUUGGGGGAAUAAUAGCUUUUGAUAACACAUUGUGGUUUGGGUAUGUGGCUGAGGAAGAGGAGAGUGUGCCAGAGCAUUUGAGGUUGUGCAGAAAAGCCCUCAUGGAGUUGAACAAACAGCUUGCUUCUGAUCCUCGCAUAGAGCUCUCUCAAGUCUCCAUUGGUGACGGUGUCACUCUCUGCAGACGCCUUGUGUGA